CGUUAUAAUAUUCUAGAAAGUUGUUUAGAUUUUGCAUUAGAAUAAAUAAUAAUAACAAAUAUGAAUAUGGGAGGUGGACCCGGUGUAGUGACUGCAUUAACCAAUCUUCGUUAUCCUCGAACAUUGUUAGAUUUAGAUUUUCCUAGUCCUUGGACCAUUUCGGGACACGAUCGAGAGGAUUCUAUGCCUAGUCUAUGGCGCACAUUGCCUUGGUUACCUUACAGCGGAUUAUGGGCAGAAGGGAAGAUUUCCGAAAGUUUAACGGAAGGUAAUAGCAUAUGCAGUAAUCAAACUAUUUCUUCAACUGGAACCGGAGUCUCUAAUUUAACACCAACAUCUCCGACGUUACAAGUUUCACCAGUUUUAGAUCCCGUAGUCGCCUUGAAAGCGUUAGAAGUGAACCCUGCUAUAACAAGAGCUUUAGUUUCGACUAUACCAAGACGACAGAGAAGCGAAAAGAAACCAAUUCCAGAUGAACUUAAAGAUGACAAAUACUACGAAAGGAGAAAACGAAACAAUGUUGCAGCCAAAAAAUCUCGCGAUGCCAGAAAAGCCAGAGAAGACGAAAUUGCAUUAAGAGCAUGCUUUUUAGAAAAAGAAAACGCCAUCCUUCGAGCACAGGUGGCUACUUUGAGAGAAGAAGCUCAUUCGCUUCGUCAGCUUCUCUUACAUAAAAGACACAGAAUCGUGUGAAUUUUACAAUAUUGCAUUGCGUAAUAAGCUCGUUCGGAUUCGGCGACACACCUACAGGGUGGCCCAAAAGUCGGUCAACCGCUGUAAAGCGUAAAUUGCGAAUAAUUAAUCUAAUUAACCGAGUACGGUAAACUUAAUUGUGUUAACUGUCAAUCGUCUCUAACUCUGUUAAAAGUUAGAGCUAGAAGUUAACCAAUUAUCAUCCUCCUUAUUUUUAGUAUGUAAACGUUUAUUGGUUAACUUUUAUGACGACUGUGAAUAUGGUCGUAUAAAGGAACUUUGCUCUAAAUUCAGUUUACGGCUGGAAUUCUUGAGUACACAAAAGAUAACACGCGGUUAACUAACUUUUGGGCAUCCUGUAUUUUUAUAAAGGUUAUCUUAAGAAGACGAUUGAAAUGUUAUUUGUACACAACAAAUUGUUUUCUUAAAUUAUAUUUAAAAAAAAAAUGAAAACUAAAAAUUGUUUUUCACUAUCUGAAAAUCCGAUAGUUCAGUACCUAUUACACGAUGCAAUAUUUUGAAAUGAAAUAAAAUAGAAAAAACGUUAUUCGGAUACUUAUACAUACUUUAAAUAGAUCUAAACUUUUCACGAAUCUCAUUUAUUUAUUUUUAUUUUUUAAUAAAUGCAUAAUCAUAUGGAGAGAGUAGAGCCAAUAGUUUCCUUUUAACGAAGAUUUGGUUGAAAUGUAAUUGUUUUAAUAAUGAUUAAUUGAACAAUUUAAAUUAAAAUGUCGUUUUUUAAACGUUAAUUUCGAUCUACUUCUUAUCUUCGAUCCUUAUUAAGAUCGAAUCUGAAACUUUACAGACGUCCAAAUAAACUUAAUCUCCUACAUUUAAACUUUCGCAUUUAAAAAUGUUUAUUGAAUAUUCUAUAUUUACCCUUUAAAUCCAUUCACAAAGUAAUUAAUUCAAUCAUUUGAAGUUAAAUUCAAAUUUAAUUGAGUAUUUUACUGUUUAUUUUAUUUUGUUUUCCUUUCACACGCAUAGACUCAACGAAAAAUACAUCGAAAAUUCUGUUUCAAGCUUAUAAAUUGCAUUAGCCUAUAU